AUGCUGUGCCCUGCGCGUUGCUCUUGUUUUCUAUGCCGAGAGCUCCAAUCCUGCCGCGCAGCUGACGCUCGAAAACCCCCCAAUAAAAACAUGUGUGACAAUUUCAUUCUCAAAAAGGCCGAAGCCUGGGAGCCCAUGAAAUUCAUUCGCGGGGCGGCCAGGCUCUCAGUCCGACAUUGGCAGAGCAGAGAACCCUUGACCACUGCCAAGACACGUAUCAAUACUCACAAAUCUACUAGCUGUGAACAGCUGUAUCCUCAUACUACUGAAGAAGACGGACCUUUCGGGAUGCGAAAAGCUCCGAGCACAGACCGCGUCAAGCCCCAAUCGGAGCACAAACAACUAUUUAAUUUUCUCGGAAAUUCACGAUUGAAAAAAAUAAACAACAGUGACGCAUCGGAUUCAAAAGUUAGACGCAGCGUUUUAAAUUUUAAGAAAAGUGAAAUGACUAGUUCAAAAAAUGUUCAUGAAAAAUACAUUCCAUUGCCACAGAUUUCAUCACCCGUGGAACAUAUUUACAGCGAGCCCAAGUCUUGGAAUAAUCAAGUCGACGAUUGUUGCCGCCCGCCUGUCUAUAAAAGUGUUGAGAAGAUAAAAGAAGAAAUCAAUAAGGGCUCGGUGUCAGAUAAGAAAAUAUAUAAUAACCGUCCUCCUUGCUAUGAAGAAUUGGCUCAAAGACUUUCCCAAGAAAAACAUAAAAAGACAAAUCAGCCCAUUGCCGAAGGUGGAUUAGCAAACAAAAUAACUCAAAACAAUAACAAGGUUGUCAUUUACUUUGGCGAUUCAAUCAUUCGUAAACACAGUGAACAAAAAAAGGAAGCUAAACAAAAAGAGGAAGUGUUGCAUAAAGAGGAAGUAAUUUACGUCAAUCGACUGUUGGACGAAACUGGUAACUUAGGUCUUGGCCGAGAAGUCGAUAAAGGUGGAGGAACACAAAUGGUGUCUGAAGUCCAAGUUCCUGAGGCUAUAUACGCUGAAGUUAAAUUAUUGGAUAACAAAGAUAUGAAUGAAGUGGUAACAAUAAAUGAUGCGACAUAUAAAAAAGACAUCUUUGAGACAAUGAGCUCUGACGGUUUCCUUGUAGUGGAGUUCGAGGGAAACUUCGAAAGAGCUCGUCAACUGGUGGAAUUAAUACACGGUUCCAAUAACGAACCUCAUGAAGCAACGGUUCUCGAUGAAGAUGAACACUGCGAUUGGAGCUUCAUUCAAGACUGGAGGAAACGGUUAGUUACAUACAUCUUAAUUGAAUAG